AUGUCAGAUAGCAAGCAGCUCCCGCCCUACGGGCAGUUCUGCUGGUUGGAAGUCCCGGUCACCGACAUCGAGCGUGCAAAGGACUUCUACACAUCCGUGUUCAACUGGGAGUGCAGCCCGCAGGGGAGCCCUUCACCGCUGACUGGGGCGCGAGACGUCAUUCAUAUGUUCACCAAGGGCGGCUUGCACGGUGCGUUCGUGACCGUCGCCGAGGACUGCAUGGUGAAAGCAUACGACGAGAAGAGCCCCGGCAAGGCGCCCGUGCUACCAACAUUCUGCGUGGAGAGCAUCGAGGAGACGCUCAAGGUGGUAGAGAGCAAGGGGGGGCGGUUGCACGUGCCGAAGACGGACAUUGGUGGCGGCAUGGGUUUCUUCGCCCGUUUCAUCGAUAGCGAGGGGAAUUUGCAGGGGAUUUGGGCUCAGAAUUAG